AUGGUCUCAGUUCAGAGCUGCACCAGGAGGAAUAUGGCUGGCUCUCCUCCUCCUUUACCGGGCUUCGGGAAUUCGGGAAAGAGUUUUCUUAUUGACAAUCUGCUGCAGUCACAGACACCUUCGGCCUGUCCGGAAGGGACACUAGGUGGACACCUGAGACUAGCAGCAUGUGAACGUCCAAGGAGAACCUGGGGCUCUGAGCACGGAGUCUACCAAAGCCAGGUCCACAGUCCCCAGCAGGUGAAAGACUUAGGACAACUUCUGCCACACUCAGGUGUACUGAGCAGUGUUUUCCUUCGGAGCCCACAGUAUCUGCUGGCAUGCUGUGGUGGGUCCAGCCCCCCUCCUGUCUUCUCCAAGGGAGCAAAUAUUCAAAUGUGGUCUGCUGAUGUAAGUCCUAAAUCACGCAGAGGGAUCCUUAGAAGGGCUGUGUUCUCUGAAGAACAACGGAAGGAGCUGGAGAGAACUUUUCGGAGACAAAAAUACAUCAGCAAGACAGACCGGAACAAACUGGCAGCUGAUCUCAGCCUCAAAGAAUCACAGGUAAAGAUUUGGUUCCAGAAUCGUCGAAUGAAGUGGAGGAACUGUAAGGAGAAGGAGGUUCAUAACAGUCGCUCCCCAAUGGACGAGCUCAUGGCCCAAGGUCUCGCUCAGGAAGAGGAAGAAUCAUCACAGAAUCACACUGAUGCAAAAACAGAGCGAUCGCCACCACAGAAGAGUGUCAGGGACACAUGA